GCAGGUUAACAUGACGUAAUUUCUCGUCUCGGCUCAGAUCAUUUCUGCUGCCCUGCUGUGAGGACGUCAGGUGGACGGUUCAACAGGGGAAGCGCAGCAGUGACAGAAAAGUUAUUUUACUCCAAGGACCAGGUUUUGACUUUAUGGAUCCCAACAGUUACCCCAGCGCUCCCCCAGCGGUUUGGACUGAUGAGAAGUCUGCCAUGAUGCAGUCUCCUCCACCGCCUCCCUACAUGGACGCUCCCCCGCCCGGAGACCCUCAGUUCAGUAAGGUGUACCCCCCACAGCCGCAGGACCAUGGGAUGCCACAGCAGUAUAGUGUAGGGUACAACCAGCAGCCUUACGCCAUGGGCCAGCAGUACCCACUUCAGCCCGGUACUGUCAUGGUGCAGCCCACCAUGUUUGUGGCCCCACACCCUCUGGAAAACCCGGUCAAGGACUACUUGGGCUACUCCAUCUUCACCAUGAUCUGCUGCUGCCUGCCACUUGGCAUCGCUGCCCUCAUCUACUCCAUCUCUGCCCGUGAAGCCAACCACACAGGGGAUCGAUUAGCCGCAGAGCGAAGCAGCAGGACAGCCAAGACUCUGAACCACGUGGCUCUGGGACUUGGACUCGGAUCCCUGGUCUUAAUCAUCAUCUAUAUGAUUGUUAUUUUUGUUAUCGCUUACAACUAAACCUGCUAUGUUUUUACUUUGUCUGCUACUUCUUUACAUAACCAGAACACAUUAGGAGCAUUACCUGCCAUCAUGUUGAGUUUUUACUAGAGCCUGAUCGAUAUGGAAAUUUUGGCUAUCGCCAAUACCGAUAUAGGGCAGGGGAAGACUAAUGCCAAUAACCAAAAUUUUUUAGCUUUGUCCACCCCCCAAUAAUGUAAGUAAACAGCUACUUUUAAACCUGUUUUAAC